CCUCCCCUCCACAUCCGGUGCGCCAGCCCUGGGGAGUCCCUGGGGCAGUCGUCAGUUCUCGGUUGGUGUCAUGGCGCCUGGCCGGUGCGGUCAUAACCCCGACAGCUGCCAGCUGCCAAACGGGACCACCGACCCCCAUAGUUUUGGAACAGUGGCGGAGGAUGGGCAGGGGCGGCUCCAUUCUGCCCUCGUGCCCUGCUAUUUCGCGUUACGGAGACGUGGGCCUCCAGCGUCCUAGCCUUCCCAUCAGCUCCCGAAUGUCAGCUAGAGCGUCUCCUCGCCGUUUCCUGUCACCCUGGGGCCCUGGGGAGGGGAAGAAGGGCGUAGCGGGACCGCAGAGGGAACUCGCGAGCUUAGGCGGCGCGCAGACGCCGGAAGUGUUGGGAGGGAGGCCGGAAGGCAGGGGGCGGGGCCAGGAAGUGAGGAGGGGCGGGGGCUUAUGAGGAGGCCGGGGGAGCGUUGGGGUAAAUUUGCACUCAGGACUUGUCCGUGGGGGCUCAGCUCUGUCCCCUCCCCUCGUAGAGACACGGUUGUCGUCUGGGGGCUGGGACCUCUGUGGAGGGGGCGGGUUGUUGGAAGUUUCCUGGCUACGCUCGAGACAGUGUGCAGAGGCAGGGCUGGGGGUGGGGCCGGGUCUCCAGGGCGUCUGAGAGGGAAGACCCCCCCUCCCCCCGCAUCCCCCACCGCACAUCUACACUGGCUGACUGGACACUAAGAUGGCUGCCGUUGCCAUGACACCCAACCCUGUGCAGACCCUUCAGGAGGAGGCGGUGUGCGCCAUCUGCCUCGAUUACUUCACGGACCCGGUGUCCAUCGGCUGCGGGCACAACUUCUGCCGAGUGUGUGUAACCCAGUUGUGGGGCGGGGAGGAUGAGGAGGACAGGGAUGAGUUGGUGCGGGAGGAGGAAGAGGAGGAAGAGGAGGACGGAGAGGAGGAGGAAGUGGAGGCAGUGGGAGCCAGCGGGGGCUGGGACACUCCUAUGAGGGAGGAAGAUUUUGAGGGCGACAUGGAGGAGGAGGUGGAGGAGGAAGAGGAGGGUGUAUUUUGGACCAGUGGCAUGGGUGGGUCCAGCUGGGACAACAUGGACUACAUGUGGGAGGAGGACGAAGAGGAAGAACUGGAUUACUAUUUGGGGGACAUGGAGGACUUGAGGGGGGAGGAUGAAGAGGACGAGGAAGAGGUGCUGGAGGAGGACGAGGAAGAGGAGCUAGACCCCGUCACCCCGCUGUCCCCACCUCCAGCCCCCCGGAGGUGCUUCACCUGUCCCCAGUGCCGAAAGAGCUUUCCUCGGCGGAGCUUCCGCCCCAACCUGCAGCUGGCCAACAUGGUCCAGGUGAUUCGGCAGAUGCACCCAAUUGCUGGUCGAGGGAGCCGUGUGCACGAGCAGGGUAUCUGCCCUAAGCACCAAGAAGCCCUGAAGUUGUUCUGCGAGGUGGAUGAAGAGGCCAUCUGUGUGGUGUGCCGAGAAUCCAGGAGCCACAAACAGCACAGUGUGGUGCCACUGGAAGAGGUGGUGCAGGAGUACAAGGCCAAACUGCAGGGGCAUCUUGAACCACUUAGGAAGCACCUGGAGGCUGUGCAGAAGAUGAAGGCCAAGGAGGAGAGGCGAGUGACAGAGCUAAAGAGCCAGAUGAAGUCAGAGCUGGCAGCUGUGGCCUCCGAGUUUGGGCGGUUAACACGGUUUCUGGCCGAAGAACAGGCAGGGCUGGAGCGGCGCCUCCGAGAGAUGCAUGAAGCCCAGCUGGGGCACGCUGGAGCUGUGGCCAGCCGCCUCACAGAGCAGGCUGCCCAGCUGAGCCGCCUGCUGGCAGAGGCCCAGGAGAGAAGCCAGCAGGGGGGCCUGCGGUUACUCCAGGACAUCAAGGAGACUUUCAAUAGGUGUGAAGAGGUACAGCUGCAGCCCCCAGAGAUCUGGUCCCCUGACCCGUGCCAACCCCAUAGCCAUGACUUCCUGACAGAUGCCAUCGUGAGGAAAAUGAGCCGGAUGUUCUGUCAGGCUGCGAGAGUGGACCUGACGCUGGACCCCGACACGGCUCACCCUGCCCUGAUGCUGUCCCCUGACCGCCGGGGUGUCCGCUUGGCAGAACGGCGGCAGGAGGUUGCUGACCAUCCCAAGCACUUCUCGGCCGACUGCUGCGUACUGGGGGCCCAGGGCUUCCGUUCCGGCCGGCACUACUGGGAGGUAGAGGUCGGUGGGCGGCGCGGCUGGGCGGUGGGUGCUGCCCGUGAGUCAACCCACCACAAAGAAAAGGUGGGCUCCGGGGGUUCCUCUAUGAGCAGUGGAGAUCCCAGCUCUUCACGCCACCACCAUCGCCGCCGCAGGCUCCACCUGCCCCCGCAGCCCCUUCUCCAGCGGGAAGUGUGGUGCGUGGGCACCAAUGGCAAACGCUACCAGGCACAGAGCUCAACAGAGCAGACGCUGUUGAGCCCAAGCGAAAAACCUCGGCGCUUUGGCGUGUACCUGGACUAUGAGGCAGGACGCCUGGGCUUCUACAAUGCUGAGACUCUCGCCCACGUACACACCUUCUCAGCCGCCUUUCUGGGCGAGCGUGUCUUCCCCUUUUUCCGGGUGCUCUCAAAGGGCACCCGCAUAAAGCUCUGCCCUUGAUUAGCCUGCCACCCGCAGGGGUCCCUCUGGUCAGCACUGGGGGCGGGUGGCAGUGGAUAGUGGCCCAUUACUGCGUUGUCUCCUGCUUUUCCCUUUAGGAACCUAAGAGCCCUCCUGGCCUCCAGCUCUGCCUUCUCUCACCUACUGUAUCUGUCCAACAGGUCUGCAUGGGUCUUUGAUAAUGAGAACAGCUGCUUGGUCUUCCCUGUCUGCCAACCUAGUCCAGCCACUGGGAUCUGAGAAGGGAGGAUUAUAAUUUGAUUCUUCCUUAUCCCUACUCUAUAAUCAUGUCAGUCCUGAGGCUGGAGGGCUCGAGCAAGACUUGAGAACACCCUCAUCCCAUUGUUUUCUGGUGCAAAGUUUAGGUAGGGGAUUUGGGAACUUUUGGGGGAGGCAUGGUGGACAAAAGGGUCAAGCUGGGUAAAAAAUGUUUGCUCUCCUGGGGAAGAUGGAGGGGUUCUAAACUUCCUUCCACCCCCAAUUUCUACCUCCUUAGACUGGCCAGGAUUUAGCCUGUGAGAUCUGGGAUAUCCGCAUGACAAUAAACACUAUUGCAUCUGAUAAAUUAUUUUCCCAGCAAUCGAUCUAAAGACCAUAACUCACCCUACCUUAUGUACUACCCCAGGACUGCUCACCGCCAGGGCCCUUUCCAGUUUGUGCACUGGAAUUGUUUGUUUCCAGCCUCUCCCAACCUUUGGAUUCUACUUGGCAGCCCUGAGGGGAAGGCCAGGGACAAUCUGGGUGCCUGGGAGGAGAAACUUGGGCAGAAUAUAUUUUUCUAGUAACUCCUUACCUUCUGUCAUUUAAUCAGUUUUUCAUGGCUGAGGUCAAUUUAUAUGUUCUUGGGGAAAAGGAAAACGUGAAUUGUGUUGCAAAAAUAAAGUGUUUAUUUGCUUCUUU